AGGUCCUGAAGAGGGGGCGGUGCAUAACAAAAAGUAAUGGCCAUCUAUUUGGGUCCUGAAGAAGGAGGUAUUUCACGUCGGACUACCGUAGGUGUGAUUGAGUUUUCUCCAUGUUAGUGCGUACGUUUGCACGUCUUUGAAAUAAAUCUGCGUCUCGACUGUUUUUCCGCUGGAUGUUCGUCGGCCGCGGUCGCAGAGCGGUUAGUAAGCUGGUUGGACUUGGUGCCUCGUUUUAGGGUUAAAGCAGCCAGCUAGCCACGCUAACGCUAGCUACUACCAGCGCUGCUGUGUGUGUGGUGUGUGUGUGUGUGCCGACGUCUAGAAGGGCGUACGAGUUUGACGUUUUCUCCCCAAGUCGCCUCACAUUUUUGAGUUUAGUACAACACGGUCCUCUCUCUGCUCGAAGCUAACCCACCCAGCAGGCAACAUGGAGGGGACUCACUUUGCAAGAGCAUGAAUGAACACGACGACCAACGGAGAGACUAAAGAGGAUUAAACGCAACUCGGGUCUUCAUGGGGAAAAGUUGAGCCGAGGAUUAACAACUUGGGAAAAACUGAUGCAAGGUUUCAACACUUACCUAUUGUACAAGGGAAUGCUAAAACCUCAGUGAUGGAAACCACAGUUGUGAGUACGUCCACUCUGGGCCCCGAUGAGUUCGAUAGGAACGUGCCGCGGAUCUGCGGCGUGUGUGGCGACAAAGCCUCCGGAUUCCACUUCAACGCCAUGACCUGUGAGGGCUGCAAGGGGUUUUUCAGGCGCAGCAUGAAGCGCAAGGCCGCCUUCACGUGUCCCUUUAACAGCAGUUGCACCAUCACCAAGGACAACCGGCGCCACUGCCAGGCAUGCCGGCUCAAACGCUGUGUGGACAUUGGCAUGAUGAAAGAAUUCAUUCUGACAGAUGAGGAAGUGCAGAGGAAGAAGGACCUGAUUCAGCGGAGGAAGGAAGAGGAAGCGAUGCGCGAAGCGGAGAAGGAGGCGCGGCGGCCCCGGCUGAGCGAUGAACAGAGCCAUGUCAUCGCCACGCUGGUGGAGGCGCACCACAAAACAUACGACGACUCCUACACUGACUUCUGCCGCUUCAGGCCCCCUGUGCGUGAGGGUCCGGUGACGCGUAGUGCCAGCAGAGCGGCCUCCCUCCACUCUCUGUCUGAUGCCUCCUCUGACUCCUUCAGUCACUCUCCAGAGUCAGUAGACACCAAAAUGAACUUCAACAACCUGUUGAUGAUGUACCACGAGCAGGGCAGCAGCCCCGACUCCAGCGAGGAGGAGGGCUCCAGCUUCUCCAUGCUGCCCCACCUGGCUGACCUGGUCUCCUACAGCAUCCAGAAGGUCAUCGGCUUUGCCAAGAUGAUCCCCGGGUUCAGGGAGCUGACUGCAGAGGACCAGAUCGCCCUGCUCAAGUCCAGCGCUAUCGAGGUGAUCAUGCUGCGCUCUAAUCAGAGCUUCAACCUGGAAGACAUGUCCUGGAGCUGUGGUGGGCCGGACUUUAAAUAUCAGGUCAGCGAUGUCACCAAAGCGGGACACACUCUGGAGCUGCUGGAGCCGCUGGUGAAGUUCCAGGUGGGCCUGAAGAAGCUCAACCUGCAGGAGGAGGAACAUGUGAUGCUGAUGGCCAUCUGCCUGCUCUCUCCAGACCGCCCAGGUGUGCAGGAUCACGCUCGCAUCGAGGCCCUCCAAGACCACCUGUCCGAGACCCUGCAGGCCUACAUCCAGCUGCACCACCCAGGAGAACGGCUGCUCUACGCCAGGAUGAUCCAGAAGCUGGCGGACCUGCGCAGCCUCAACGAGGAGCACUCCAAGCAGUACCGCUCUCUCUCCUUCCAGCCGGAGCACAGCAUGCAGCUCACCCCGCUGGUGCUGGAGGUGUUCGGCAGCGAGGUCUCCUAGACCCUCUGAGCUCCCUACGUUGGAGAGGAGACCCUCUUAGGGUAGAAAUGGAGAGAGAGAGAGAGAGCGCCGAGGGUGUGCUGGAGCGACUUAAUGGAGGUGUGGAGUUUGAAGCUAGUGGAAGAGAGAAAGAGAUGCGUGUGUGUGUUUGAGUGUUUUGGAUGUGUGGUUUUAUGUGCGUCUUGUCUAAAGAAGCCUAUCUUGGCAUGAAGAGCAAGGUUGUAUGGAGAGCAAGCAGAUGUUAGGGGACGUAGUAAACAAAGGAGACUUCAUAUAAUACACAUUUAACUAUUCAUACAACUUCUGCCUAUAUGCAGUGUCUUUGUCUGUAUUUAAAUCAACAAACCGCUGCUUCAAAUGCCUGGACUUUAUGUGUGUGUGUGUACAUGGCAUGCACACAUCAACACAACAAACAUACUCAGUUAUUCAUUUUAGCCAUUCAGUUGAGCUACCUCUUUGUUUCACUUGGGUUGUUUUACACCACCUAAGUGAAACAGUUACUUUUACACAAAGCUAGAUACAGGAUGCACAUUUCAGUGCAAAAGGUUUUUAAUGGUUCAGAACUUUUUUAUUUUUGUUUUUCAUCUACUUCUCUGUAAGGCAGCGGAUGUAUGUAUAUGACUGUAUACAAUGCAAACGCAUGCCUUUUGCCUUUCACCAAAGGUAUGGUCUACUUUCUCAAAAAGCUUCCAGUACCUAAAAAUAACCGUUGCUGCUUCAUGGCUCGUUUCGCGCAUGCAGCCACUCGACAUACUAGCCUCACAGCCUAUGAAGGAAACUGUCAUUCGUUAGGUUUAUACUGCAGAGUACAGAGCAUAGUCUGUCAUUUAGUGAGGUUUUGAUGGGACAUUGGGGUGCCUGGUCUUGAGGUGAGAAUUAGCCACUAAAUGUUUUAGAUAUUGUACACUGCUAACUGUCAAUCAAACUCAGCCGGCAUUAUGGCUUCAGACUCUCUUUUUUGAAAUUGUUUUUUCUUUCUUCCUCUUUCUGUUUAAUUGUGUGUUUCCCUGUAAAUAGUUAAUUACUACCACACGUAUCCUAAGCACUGUUAUUCCACCUUUUACGCAAGCCUAUGUAUUGAUUAUCUAUAUUAUCACAGAUUUUAAAGGGCUAAGAUGCCAAAUCUAACUGGAAUAGUAAAUCGAGGCCAAAGCAAGGGGCCUGUCUUGUUAAUAUAUAGCUGCAUACCAUACUUGGAAUUGGCAUAUAUAUAUAUAUAUAUAUAUAUAUACUGAUGUAAUUGCAAUGGAUGUUUUUGUUUGGUUUUUUAAUGUCACAUCACCUUUAAAAACAAUUCCAUGAAUUGUUCCUUCUUAGUAAACAGUGAGCUCUGUGGGCGGAGAGCUAGGGAAGCUGCUUCAGACCCAGAUAUCACACCCCUUUCGUUUCUGACAGGGAAGUGGAUUUUGUAGAAUGUCGGAGGGCCUGGCAGCGCAGCUCCACACCCAGGCCCUCCUGUAAGAUGAUGUAUGCUGCGCAGCCCUCUAGUGGCUGCAUUCUGUAAAUACCAGCUAUAUCAUAUGUCUGUCGCUGUACAUAGGGCUACAUAGAUAUUUCUCAAGGCCAACUUUUUCAGAAAUAUAUAUGCAAAUACAAUAUUGACCCAUUUCUAUUUGAUUCACUAUCACUAUGUUUCUGAGACACUAUGUUCUUUUGACUUUGAUCUUUUGGUAAAAAUGAAUUAGAAAUGGCUUAAACAGGGAUUGCUUGUGUAUUUGAUUCAGUAAAAUUAUAUCUUUUUUAGUGGUGGGUUGAUGUAUUUGCCUAAUUUCCAAGGUUUCUUUUCAGAAAGAGGACAAGCUUAACAUAACGUGCUGCUCUCUAAUAUAAGCCAUAUAGAUCAAUAAUACACCUGAUCUAUUACAGUGAAUUUAAAUGAUGUUUCCAGAGCCUUGGAUAUCCUCAUUAUAUAAUCUUCUUACUCAUAUGCUAUUUAUCCAGGGCUCUUGGCAGAUAAGCGUGUACAUGAAAGGAACUCGUAUGCCUUCUCUCUGCUGUCAAAGUGCUGUCAGUCAUCUUUGGCUUAUGCUUCAUUAAACAGCAUCUAAUGGCUUAUAAACCAAACUGCGUUAGCGCUUAGGUUUAGGGGCCAGUAAUGUACGGCUUGCUGCAUGCGGAAUUAUGGUGAAAUUCUAUCAAAUAAAAUGUAAUUUUUAUUUCAACACAAUUCCCCAAAGAAGUUGAAUUCUUGCCGUGUUCAGAUGAUUUCCCUAAGGCAUCUUGGCUUAAAUGAAGUCCUUUGCAGAGAGUUUGCGAGUCUCAAACUUGAUUAUUUUGUCUUCUAUUUGCUGUGUGACAGAAGACACCUAAACGGUUGCUGUGAUUGGCCGGGAGCAGACCAGGGUUACGCAGUGGGAGAGCGCAUGUGUUUGCCGUUGAGCUGGAUGUAUUCCCACAACUCUGCUUUGGGAGAAGUUGUUGCUUUCAGUUAGUUCAGCCUACAUGAGUUUGUAAACCUUCUAUAGGAUUUCAUGUCCGUUCUCCGCCACUGUGACUUUUUAUUCCAACUCUUCAUCAAGUCACUGUGACACUCUGCAAGCUGACAGUCAGCACUGGACACGGAGAUAUUCAUUAGUUAAAUACAAUUCAGUUAAUCAUGAGUUUUGGGAUAUGUAGUCUGUGGGUGUAUUUGUAUAUGGAUAUAGAUACACACACAAAGCAAAAGUGUCCCUACAGUGAUUGGACGUUGAGGAGUAGAGACUGGAGUGUCUUUAGGCAGUACCACUCGUAUGUAUAGAAUGUCAGUUUGAGGAGGGGCAUGAUGUGCUUGGUUACUGAACACUGACUUUUGAAGUUUUUGAAAAGUCUCCUUGUAGAUUUUCUCUGAAUACAUACUUCCUGUAUGUAGAAAUGGGUUUGAUUUAGUAUAUAUUGUUUUUGUUGAGAUAGAGAUGCGGUGUUGAUUUGUGUAUGUUUAACACAGCGGGAGGUUUGGUGAACAUUGUAAGUGCCACAGGGAGAGUUCCCUCCAUAAAAAAGAACAGGGUAAAAGAAGAGUUGCUCUUUUGGCUUUGAAAACCAAACAGGAAGAGUCUUGUGGAUGCAUCAUAUUGCCUCUUUUCUCCCAUUUGUACUCCGUAAAUAUGUGAAUACAUGUUGUUUAUGGGACAAAGUUCCCAAGCUAAUCCUCAAAUACUACAUAGCAUGCACAUACAGUUCAAGCUACACAUGGUGCAUCCCCAGAUUGUUCCUGUUUGGCUUUACCAUGGUAGGCAGCAUUGAGGUCGUUGAAAAUGGAUAUCUACCACACACUAGAUGAGGCCGUCUUUUUGGGGAGAUUUCCUCAAGAUUGGCAACAAAAUACAGUAACAACAGCUGCAAUAUACAACUCAUGGUACACUAUCACCAGCAAGCUUUACAGUUUAUCAUGUAUGUAGACAUUUUUGAAGUUUUUUUGUAUAACUGUUGCCAUUACAAAUCCUGUCUGUAAACAGAUGUAUGAUAUCAGUCCGGUUCAGAUCCCCCACACGAAGGCUCUCAAGUCUUUUUUGUUUCCGUUUUUUUUUUCUCUCCAAUUAGGACAGGGAUUGUAAUGGAAUCAACUUAAUUUAGUUCCUACAAAAAGGAGUGUCCACAAUGGAUGUACACCAUAAUCUACCUAAAAAACCUACCUCUUUUAGCACCAGAUUUUUUGCUUUAGCAUUAAGCAUUUGCCUCUGUUUUUACUUUUGUAAUAUUUGUAUUCAUGUUGGUAUUUAUUGCUGUCUAAUGAGUCAUACUUCAAUGAUUACCUCAGAGAUAUCUCACAGAUUUUGGGAGAGUCCAGCUAAUGAAGUCAUUCAUAGUUUUUUUUUUUUUUUUUUUUUUUCUUCGAUUUUUUUUGUACAGUUUUUUUCUUCUCGGACAUAGCAUUGCCUUCUUUCUUUUUUUUAACGCACAAAAUACCAGGAGUGUUUUUAAUAUAGUGCCUGAACUCUGACUGACGGAGCUCAGACUGGCUAGGGUGAGGCUGCAUCCACUCCAGUAGAAGACACCCUCCUCUGCCUCUGUGUCCUUAAAGGUCACCUAUCAUGCAAAAUCCACUUUUUCACGUCUUUUAUAUAUAAACAUGUGUCCCCUCUGUGUAAAGAGAUUCUGAAAGUUUCAAGAAAAAGUAUUCGCUCUCUUUUUGUCCUGAUCCAUUUAUAUAA